AUGGAUGAUCAACUUUAUGACGAAUUCGGCAACUACAUUGGCCCCGAUCUAGAGGAUGAAGACGAGGAUCUGGGGCUCGAAGAGGAACAAGAGGAAGAAGAAGCCAUUGGCGGCUUUGAAACGACACCUGUCCGAGGCGCUGGCAGUGGCGAGGAAGGCGAACGCGAGGAAGAACCUGUUGGAGAAACAGCUUUAAUGCAAAUUGAUGACAUUCCUCAAAACCAAAUUGUUUUACAUGAGGACAAAAAGUACUAUCCUUCAGCUGAAGAAGUCUAUGGUCCGGACGUGGAAGCCCUAGUACAAGAAGAAGAUACACAGCCAUUAACAGAACCUAUUAUUGCACCCGUCAAAGUGCGCAAAUUCUUGUUGACCGAAAAGGAUCUGCCCGAUACACGAUACAGCAAAGAAUUCAUGACGGAUAUGAUGAAUUUCCCUGAUCUCGUUCGCAAUAUUGCUGUUGUCGGUCAUCUUCAUCACGGAAAAACGUCGUUUGUCGAUAUGCUUGUUUCGGAAACGCAUUAUGUACCUAUUAACGUUGAUGAACCGGAACGAUACACCGAUACGCAUACUUUGGAACGUGAACGAGGUCUCAGCAUCAAAAGCAUGCCUAUGUCAAUGGUGAUGCAGGAUGUUAAUGACAAGUCGUAUCUGUUGAAUGUACUCGACACUCCAGGCCACACCAACUUCAUUGAUGAGGUCGCUGCUGCAACACGUUUAGCUGACGGCGCUGUCAUUGUGGUCGAUGUUGUAGAAGGGGUUAUGAUCAACACCGAACAAGUUAUCAAGCAUUGUAUCCGUGAAAAGAUUGCCAUGACUUUGGUUGUCAACAAAGUUGAUCGUCUUAUGCUCGAGUUGAAGCUACCUCCCACAGACGCGUAUUUUAAAUUGCGCCACACCAUCGAAGAAGUAAACUCAAUUAUUAAAGCUACCCCUGGUGGUGAAAACAUCCGUUUGUCGCCUGAACGAGGCAAUGUUUGCUUUGCUUCAAGCCAAACUGGCUGGUGCUUCUCUCUGAAAUCUUUUGCACGGCUGUAUAGCGAUUCUUAUGAAGCCGAAAUCGAUGCUGACGAGUUCGCUAAGCGUCUUUGGGGCGAAAUAUUCUUCAAUCCCGAGGAAGGAUCGUUCCAUCGCUCAUCGCAGGGACGUGGCAGUAAGCGUUCCUUUGUUCACUUUAUUCUCGAACCACUGUACAAGUUAUACUCUCAGGUUAUCAGCGAAGAUACUGCAGAGCUGAAAAGAACCUUGCGCUCGCUCGGCAUCCGAUUGAAGGAAAAGGAUUAUGGUCUCAACGUCAAGCCAUUGCUUCGUGUCGUUUUGUCUCAGUUCUUUGGUCCUCCUUCUGGAUUUGUUGAUAUGGUGGUACAGCACGUCCCCUCUCCUGCCGCUAACGCGCUUAAACGUAUACAGCAAAUCUACACCGGUCCACUUGAUACCGAAAUUGCAGAAGCCAUGGAGAAGUGCGAUCCUGAGGGUCCAUUGGUCAUUCACGUCACCAAGCUGUUUGAUAACGAAAGCGCAACUGGCUUUGAUGCUUUUGGACGGGUGUUUAGUGGUACAGUACGAGCUGGCCAAACUGUACGCGUGCUCGGUGAAAGCUACACUAUCGACGAUGAGGAAGAUAUGACCAUGCAAAAGGUGUCUGAUGCUUGGAUCUUUGAGUCACGAUACCGUGUGCCUGUGGAUGGUGUCCCUGCUGGCAAUUGGGUUCUUUUGGGAGGCGUCGACAGCUCUAUCAUUAAAACUGCAACCAUCGUACAACAUAAAUGGAAGGAGGACUCUUACAUCUUCCGCCCACUCCGUUUCCCAACUGCAGCUACGCUCAAAGUUGCUAUUGAACCUAUGAACCCUUCCGAAUUACCAAAGAUGCUGGAUGGCUUACGGCGAAUCAAUAAGAGUUACCCUGUAGUAACUACAAAGGUUGAAGAAUCUGGAGAGCAUAUUGUACUUGGUACUGGUGAACUGUAUCUCGACUGUGUGCUCCAUGACCUUCGUCGAAUGUACGCCGAAAUUGAGCUGAAGGUUGCAGAUCCAGUUGUGCGGUUCUGUGAAACAGUCGUGGAAACAUCAGCGCUCAAAUGUUUCGCAGAAACACCAAACAAAAAGAACAAGUUGACAUUCAUCGCCGAACCUAUGGAAAAGGGUCUUGCAGAGGAUAUCGAAAGCGGAAAAGUCAGCAUCAACUGGCCAGCAAAGGAACUUGGCAACUAUAUGGAAAAGAACUACAACUGGGAUGUUCUCGCAUCACGGUCAAUAUGGGCAUUCGGCCCGGAUGACAUGGGCCCCAAUAUUCUACUUGAUGACACAUUGCCUUCAGAUGUCGAUAAGAAACUAUUAUUCUCUGUAAAAGACUCGAUCAAGCAAGGUUUCCAAUGGGGUACCCGAGAAGGUCCCCUUUGUGAUGAACCCAUACGAAAUGUCAAAUUUAGAAUCCUAGACACAGUACUUGCAAAUGAACCUAUAUAUAGAGGUGGUGGUCAGAUCAUCCCUACUUCACGCCGCGUUUGCUAUUCAUCGUUUUUGACGGCUACUCCUCGAUUGAUGGAACCAGUGUACUAUGUUGAAAUUCAGGCACCUGCCGACUGUGUUACUGCCGUAUAUGCAGUUCUACAACGACGAAGAGGACAUGUGACACAAGAUAUUCCCAAGCCUGGAUCUCCAUUAUAUACUGUCAAGGCAUUUAUUCCAGUGAUUGAUUCGUGUGGUUUUGAGACUGAUUUGCGGACACACACACAAGGUCAGGCAUUCUGCCAACAGAUAUUCGAUCAUUGGCAGAUUGUUCCUGGAGAUCCUCUUGACACGAGUAUCGUGCUCAGACCAUUGGAAGCAAGCCCAGCACAGCACUUGGCUCGAGACUUUAUGGUUAAGACUAGAAGAAGAAAGGGUCUAUCUGAGGAUGUCAGCAUAAACAAAUACUUUGAUGAUCCAAUGUUGUUAUCUUUGGCUCAGGGUAGCAUUUUGUAA